AUGUCGUCGUUUAAAGACAUCAGGGAUUUUGUUUUUGUUGGAUAUGCCCACGACAUGUUUGAUGACGAAGAAUUCUGCCUUCUCUAUGACUUUUAUCAGUCGAAGAAUCCAGAUUUUCCUUACAACUCGUACGCGUCGUUCGAUUUGGGGGAAAUGGAUCCUGCUGAGUGUUAUACCAAGUUUCGAGUCGAGAAAUGGCACAUUCGCUUGCUGGCAGACAGGCUACAGAUUCCCCCAACAUUCCAGUGCCCACAGCGUUCCGUUUGCGAUGGCAUAGAAGGGCUAUGUAUGCUACUGAAGCGACUGGCUUACCCCUGUCGAUACAGUGAUGUGGUGCACAGAUUUGCAAGGCCAGUUCCGGUCUUAAGCAUGAUAACAAAUACUGUUCUCGAUUAUGUCUAUGACAGGCAUGGCCACAGACUAACUCAGUGGAACAAUCAAGUUAUGGACCCCAACCAUUUACAGCAAUAUGCAGACGUAAUUUCAGCUAAAGGCUCUCCCUUGGACAACUGUUUUGGUUUUGUCGAUGGCACGGUUCAACCAAUAAGUCGCCCAGGACAGCACCAGAGGGCUGUAUACAAUGGACACAGGAGAGUCCAUGCAUUAAAAUUUCAAUCUGUUGCUCUACCGAAUGGGUUAAUAGGAAACCUAUAUGGCCCAAUAGGUAAUAAUAAUUAUAAUAAUGUAUGGAAUUAUUUAUGCAUGGUAGUCACUUCAGUUUAAAAUUGUUAAUUAAAAAUAACCCUGAAAAAUAAAUAGAAAGAUGAAGAAAAUAAAAAAACUUAAGAUGGCAAAAAAUUCAAAAGCCGGUUCCUGAAAGGUGGAUCAACACUAUCCAGGGAUAAAUCUGUCUUAUUCCAGUCAUAACUUUGUCCUGGGAUAAAGUUAUGACUGGAAUAAGGCAGACUUAUCCCUGGAAUAGAGUCAUUCCACCUUUCAGGAACCGACCCCUGAAAAAAAGGUCAAAAAGGGUAAAAAUCAGGAAUCAAGUACUGAAAAAGUCCCAUCAAGAGGAGGUGAUUGAUCUCUUCAGAGAUAUAAUUUUGCAGAUUAGAAUACUGAAUGAAUUCUUUUGCAAAGAACUUAAAUUUCCAUCAGGUUCUCUACUGAGUAUGCACCACAAGGUCACAACCAUUGUCCACGCAUCUAAUUGUUUUCUAAACCUUUCAUUUUCAGAAGGUAGAAGACAUGAUGCAGCUAUGUUAGCUGAAUCAGGCUUGCUGCAAGAUCUCCAGCACCAUGCAGUUUCCCCCCAUGGCCACCUAAUGUGCUUAUAA